UCAGUUUGUGCUGGCUGAUACUGAUGCAACAUGGAGAAUAACCACAGCUUCUUGUACUUUGCUUAUGGCAGCAACCUGCUAAAGGAGAGGCUUCAGCUCAGAAACCCUUCAGCAACCAUACACUGUGUCGCCAGACUCAAGGACUACAAGCUGGUAUUUGGAAACUAUAAAGGUCUUGCUAGUGACCGAUGGCAUGGGGGUGUGGCCACCAUCAAGCACAGUCCUGGGGACGAGGUGUGGGGUGUGGUAUGGAGGAUGAAUAUGUCUGAUCUGGAAUCUCUGGACAGUCAGGAGAAUGUGACGUUAGGCGCCUACAGUCCUGUUGAGCUGUUGGUGAAGACACACAGUCAGGAGCUCCACUGCCGUACCUACAUCAUGAACAGCUGUGUGUAUGCUCCACCGUCACCGCAGUACUUACAGGUAAUGGUGAUGGGGGCAGAACAAAAUGGCUUACCAAAAGACUACCAAGAGAAGCUGAGAGCCAUCAAGACCAAUAUGUAUGAGGGGCCUCUACCCAUGCUGGCUGAGCUGGAACGCAUCAGGAGGAGGGCCGAGCACCAGUCGCAUAGCUGA